UUGGUCGUUAUCUAGACGAACAGACUGAAAGUAAACAUUUUCACAUGAGGUAUUACGUAGAGCGGUCGAGUAAAAUAUUGCUCCAAAUUACCAGUUUUUACUUUGUUACAAUAGCAUCGUAAGUGGCAAUGCAUCCUGAAUUACAGCAGUCCCCGAGAAAUAUAUUGGUAUUUGAGAAAUCCAAUUUUAUGAAUGAAAAAUCCAGACACGACUUACACGUGCUCAAGCACUAUUUCAACUACAAGGUAUCUGUUUUCAUACCCGAGUGCGGAAUCCUUCCCUCGGAACUGAACGACGCCAUCAGCCGUUUCACAAAAUAUUAUCUGGUUAAGGAUUUACCUGUGCAUGAGUUGUUGGAAGAAGAAUGUUUAGAGAAAACUGUAAAGAAAGGUCGUUUCUACGCCCUGUCGUACAACAGGAGAAUCGACCAAGAUGAUGUUGUUGCCAUCCUCCCAACUGGCCAGAUGAUUCUGUCUGUGAAUAAAGACACGUAUGAACAACUGGGUUUGGAGGGAAAGGAGUCACAGUACACCCACAAACAGCCCAUGAGAUAUGUGGUGACUGUAGACCUCACAGACAAAUCUAUGCUUCCGGGUUCGAAACGGUACAACCGAGUGUUGUGGGCACUUAAAGAAAAAGUGCCAGUUAAAAUGGACUUCUUGCUGGCCAGACACAGCACUGAGGCCAAUGAGGGUGGUAUGCUGCCUUCCUGCCUCUCCCAGUACCACUGCAGGGAGCUCCAGGCAUCCAUUAGCACCCAGAAGCUGAGCAGCCUGCCCUAUCCUGUCCUGUGUAGCUGUGACAUUCGGGGGGAGGGCUACUGUGAGCCGCACCAGUUCCUGGAGUGGCUGGGGGCCGUCACCAUGGAAAUCGACUGCAACAAUGAUGCAACCAGCUUCAUGUCAACAUACUCAUGUCCAGAACAACACAACACCUUAAGCCAGGCCUUGCUGUGCUCCAUCACUGGCCUCUUGCUGCCCGAGGACAUACAGUCGCUGCUGGAGAAGCUGCGGAGUUACUUUGAGCAGCCCAAGCUCACAUCCUGGCUGUCGUUGGUGGUGCAUGGCUUUGCCGACAGCCCCGUGUCCUGGGGGAUGGAGGAGCAUGGCUUCCACAAGGGCGGUGAGAAUUUCUACGGUUUUGUGGUCUUCGGGAACCAGGACUACUGGCUGCACAUGGGCACCGGGGCGAACGACGGUUGCCCUCCGUGACACGUCUCAUUGGUCUGUCAAGUUCUGCACGAUUAAGAGAGCAGUCAGGUGAGCAGAGGGCCUGGAAGACACUUGAAGACUUGAAGACACUUGACUUCUCCCAGGUUAUCUGAGCUGUACUCAGAAGAAUGUUACAGAAAAAUCCAGUUCAGGUACUGUAAUGUAGUGUUUCCCAACCUGGUCCUCGGGAACCCCCAGAUGGGAGCUGGGAGAAAGCAAAAACAUGGACUGUCUGGGGGUCCCCAAGGACUGUGUUGGGAAACACUGGUGUAAUGGACCAGAGAUGGCGUUCCUGUACGGACAUAAAAACAGUGUAUAUUUACCUCCUCUAGAGGUCUGAAGCUGUACUGAGAGGAAACGCUUUCGUUUCGGCCCUUAUUAUGACAGUUUCUACCAUUUAAUACAGAUUGUGUAAUAAUCUAAACUAGUGUAAAAGCAUCUGUGCUGUAACAUUGUUUCUAAAUGUACUGCGAGUGGAAGGACUGGUAUGACAACCUGGUCUUUUUCCAGUUGCAGGUUUUUGUGUUGCACAGUGAAUGGUUUCAAUAAAUUAACAAAGAGAAUC